AUGACAUGUAAAGCUGUUAAUGAGUUUGGAACCAGGAAUUGUACGAAAUCAGUCACAGUGCACUAUAAGCCAUUCAACAUCCAAGUGUCACCAUCAAGUGUGGUUUUGAACGAAAAAGAAUCAUUUAAUCUCAUUUGUAACGCGUCAUCUAAUCCUCCUGGCGAGUACUCCUGGUCAUUUAAUGGAAAUGUUUUGGAUGGUGAAACCGAUAAAGUAUUAGCCAAACACGACAUAACACGUGAUGACGCAGGAGAGUAUAGGUGUACGGUUACUAACAAUAUUGGUAGUGGUGCAAGUAAUAUCUCUGUGGUUAAAGUUCGAUAUUUGGAAGAGUGCAAGAAUAAUAAAUACACGCUGACCAAUGAACAGUGUCUUACCUUAUCGCCCGAAGGUUUUCCUAAGCCAACACUAAACUGUUCAAAGGUGGAUUUCAAUGAGACAGGAAAGAGUUACACUUUAUGUAAACCAAAAAACAACGACAAGUGUACAAUUUUCAAUGAUGCUCAAGAGUGUCAAUUUGAAUACGAAGUACUGAAUCAAGCCAAAAAGCCAUUAACGUUUCGCGGCUCAUUUCGCUGCACCAACCUUGAUUACCAACCGCAAUAUAACGACAAAAAUUCUUUUGAGUUCAAGAACAAGUCAGACCAAUUUGAGAAAAAUCUCAAUUCGGUGUAUGAAAGUUACAAAAUUGUCACCGGAGUGCGUGUAACUGCCUUGGUGUAAGUACAUUAAUGACUAUCGCUUUCACGACUUUCCGCGCAGGUUCAGUGACCACGAACACACAGCAUUGAACCAAGGCGUCAAGGCACACUGAUCACAGAUCUAUUCUUUUAU